CCGAAUCGUAUUUACUGCACAUGCAGCAGCACUUGCUCGACAAAAAGAACAAGUACUGAAGUGUCAUGUGGGCAGGACUGUAAAUGUGGGUCUCAGUCAAAGCCGUGUCGAAACAAGGUAAUCUGUUCUCGAAAGGUUGAUAAAAUGUUGGAUCUAUUGUUGAUUUUUAUACAAAUUUCUUGAAAGAGGUGCAAAUUUGCAAUCUUUGGAGAGAAAACGUUUGUUGUUUUAGCAAAGGAAAUGUGCUGUAAUCCCCACGAUCUGUCCUGCAGAAUUAUUAUGAGGUCCUGUACUGUGUUAAUAUAUUUUUGGAUAAAUGCUCACCGAUUGUUUUUUUUUUUUUUAUGGCAGUAUACCUUGUCAGUCUACAUUUUAGUGUCACACUUCUCCUCUACAAAUGUAGUCAUUAUACUGAACAAAAAUAUACACUAUUGUUUGUUUUCCUGAUAUUUUACCUCUCUUUGACAGGACUGUAUUCAAACUUUGGAUGAGCCAAUGGUGCACAAACUGUGUGUCAGAAGUCUACAAUGUGGAUUAGGGAGCAUGGACUACAUACAUAGUCUGCUAAUUAUGGACGAUGACAAUGAUAGUGACACUGAGAGU